UAAGUUCUGACAGAAGUUACAGUUGAAGGAAAUUGCGUGCUGUGUUAACUUAUUCUGACAGCUAAGUGAGUGUGAGGCUUUAUCUAGUUAAGUAUUUCUGUAGCUUUAAAGUUUAAAUCAGGCCCCAACUCAAAUCACCAUCUUACCUAAACGAUUUUAAAAAAUCAGAAAUUUGGAAAUUUACACAGCAAGAGCAAAACACUGAACAAUAAUCCAUAAGUAUUUUAGCAUGCUAACACUGAUUCCACAGUGGACAGAAAUCAUCAAGGGCUUUAGACUACAGCUAUCUGAGGUUUAUUUUUGUUAGCAGAACAUUCUGUUACAUGACUCCCCAUACCUGUUGGCCUUUAGCCACAGAGGGACCAGCUCAAUGGACCCGCUAGACUGUUGAUUAUUAACAUGUAAUUGGCCACUAGCUGCACUGUGCUCAAUGGGCCGAAACCAACCACUUAUCUCUGUCAGAUCCCACUUAACUGCAGCACUGACCUUUAACUUAUGACUGAGCUAUGUAGUCAGUCAUUUUGUUUGUCUGUGACUAAAAAAUAAAAUGUCAGUUUAUGGCAGUGAGACAAUUGUAAUCCAGGCGAGAGAGAUGGCACGAAGAGGCGUUGCAUAUGGUUGCGUUUUACUAUGUUGCUUAUUUGUUUACUUUGAAAUAAAUAUUCCACAUUUUUGUGUUACUAUGUAGUUGCAUAAAAUGAGGCAGACUUCUGUGUAUAGUCAGCUCCAGCUCUUAUCUGGCUCAAAACAACACAAAUUCAAUAAGCGAUGAGAAAUGGCUCUCAUUAGGGAGACUAAGAUACAGUUGUAAGGAACAAUAAGGCCACUGUAGAGGCCUAAUGAACAAUAUUAAGUCAGAAGGGAGACCAGGCGUUUAAAGCAGCCACCAAAACAAGACAGCACAGAUUAUUGUACUUAGGUAGCCAUGAGCAAGUCACUGAAUUCAGCUGUAACUUUAUCAGCUAUCAUCGUGUAAGAAAUGGGGCGGAUAUUGGAUACAUAAAUGUCCAGUAUCGGCUUUAAGUCUCAUACAAUUUGAAUUUAUUUGACACCACUAUGCGCCCCUUCAUGCUGAGGGGUCACUUGUUUCUGCAUAAAGCUGAUCGUGCACUACAGUGACCAGUGUCCGGGAGCGGAGUCACGUCGCAUUCAGUGUGGAGAGUCUCUAGGGACCCCUCCUGGACGAGCUGCCAUAUAAAACAGUGACUCGCCCCUCCCGGACAAAGUGAGCUCCAGCCUGGUCCGACGCGUUUGUGCUGCGUUUCAUGGAUGCUUCAGCACUUCAGCAUCCUCAGCCCUGCCCAGCUCAGCGGAAUUGACACGGGACGAAUCUCGCCGCUCUCCCCUCUUGCAGGAACCUAUACUCUGCCUAUAGUACACAAGACUGUCAGGAGACCCACCAUGGCGAACAGAGGGCCCAGCUAUGGACUGAGCCGGGAGGUGCAGGAGAAGAUCGAUCAGAAGUACGACCCCGACCUGGAGCAGCGGCUGGUGGACUGGAUAGUGGCACAGUGUGGAGGAAACCUGGAGAAACCACAGCCGGGCAAGCAGAACUUCCAGAAAUGGCUCAUGGAUGGAACAAUUCUUUGUAGACUCAUCAACAGCCUCUAUCCAAGAGGGAAGGAACCCAUCAAAAAGAUUCCAGAGACCCAGAUGGCCUUUAAACAAAUGGAGAAGAUCUCUCAGUUCUUGCAAGCAGCAGAAGCUUAUGGAGUCACGACCACCGACAUCUUCCAAACUGUGGACCUCUGGGAAGGAAAGGACAUGGCAGCAGUGCAGAGGACCCUCAUGGCUCUGGGGAGUGUUGCAAUCACAAAGGACGAUGGUCAAUACAGAGGAGACAGAGACUGGUUCCACAGGAAAGCCCAGGGCUACCGACGAGAGUUCAGUGAAGAGCAGCUGCGCCAAGGACAGAGUUUGAUUGGUCUGCAAAUGGGCAGCAACCGUGGGGCUUCCCAAGCUGGAAUGACAGGCUACGGCAUGCACCGUCAGAUCAUGUAGACCACUUACUGGCUAACUUGUUCCCCUGCUUCCAGACCUUAUUUUCUACUAAUACCACAAAUGUUGUAGCCCCAAAAUUUUCCUAAGCUUUGUAGCACCUGCCGUGUUAACCUCAGUUUCCCUGGAAUUGCUGCUUUUGCCAGACAGUGUUCUAUCCUCCCCCUAAAAAAAUGAUGUCAAAUACUGUAGAUCUCCUCCUUCAAGCUCUCCUCCUCUUCCUCUCAUCCCUGUUGUCAUGUGCUGUUCCCUUUCUAGCAAUGUUUACUCUGUUUUUUUACUUUCCAUGUUCACUUGUUUACUUAAUGUGGGGCUCAGUCAUUCCACAUUGCGUUAGUCUCAUUAAGAUUUUUAUUUUUAUUAUACAAACCGUCAGUAUUUUACACAUAUCUACAGAAAUACUGUAUUCCAAUGUUACAGCAUGUGGUAUGCUAUGUAUUUAUAUUUAUGUAAACAUUUAUUUACAUUUUCUUUGGUCAUUUUCUGAUGGUCUGUUACUAUAUUAUUAUAGUUUGGCCUUAAACCUAAUGGAACUCAAUGACUGACUAUGUCUCUGCUAUCAUGUCUGAAGACUUGUUGCAGUAUCCUCUGUAACCAAAUCAACCUCACGUUGUGCCUGGUUAUGGGACUACAAAGACUGGGUCCUGAUAUACUGGCCUGAAAUUAUAAAUGAGUGUCAUUCAUUCUGAGCCAUGCCCUUGUUAUUUGUUUGUUAGAUUACAUAUUUGUCCAUUUGUGUACAACAAGCAAGUAAAUGUGCAGUACUGCAACAUGUAUGACAGUGAAGUUUCCAUUACUGGUGUCAGGUAAAUACAUUGCUUGAAUGUGCACUUUUAUGUGUGUUAUGUUUAUAUUUUUAAAUAUAUUUAUAUCUGGAGGCUUGUAAGAAGAAUUGUUGAAGAAAUAAAAUGUGAGGAAAUA